AUGCCUGUCUCAGGUCUUUCAGUCAACCCAGAGUGUGUCUCUACAUUCAACGAACUGAAACUAGGUCGUGGGGGUCCCAAAUACAUUAUCUACAAGAUUUCAGAUGACCAGAAAGAGAUUGUAGUGGACGAAGUCGGCAAUGAUGCAGACUACGAUGUGUUCAGAGAGAAGCUCAUCAGCAAGAAGGAGAAGAAUGGCAAAUCGAGACCCUCGUAUGCCAUCUACGAUGUCGGCUUCGAAUUAGAAGGUGGUGAGGGCAAGAGGUCCAAGAUCACAUUUAUUACCUACAUUGACCAGGACAAUACUGGUGUCAAGGUUAGCACAUUCCUCACAUGCUUGAUCCUAGCUAACGAAUCGCAGUCUCGCAUGGUCUACGCUAGCUCUCGAGAAACCCUCAAGAACGCUUUGAAUGGUAUCGCAAUGAACUGGCAAGCAAACGACUCUGGCGAACUCGAAUGGGCCGAUCUGCUCAAGGAGGCAAGUAAGGGGAAGGGCACGGUUUAG